CUCUUUUGAGGCAUAUUUCACUUCAAUUUAAACAUUUUUCCCCUAAAAAGUAAAAAACCUGAUGAACAGGAAUCUUUUUUAUUUAAACCAACGCACGCACAGGAUUAUGUAUGUAUAUGAGCAGCAGUUCAGUGGAAUAUCCUUGAACAUAAUUCCAAGAAGUGUCGAUGACGCACAGAAAGCGCAUUUUUGUUCCUGGUUAUUUUGUUAAAGGCGAAUUCUUCUUCACUUUUAGACUCUUUAAGACACGUAUGACAGUCGCAGCUCAGGUACUUUAUGUUUGAUGUUGAUCCACAAAUUCUUUGACACGUUUAAUCCUGAUUUCCACCUUUUCCAAUUAACUAAUUUUUGUAUUUAGAUUUUUUGUCCCCUUAAAUAUAAGUUUACUUUUUUUGUUUUUGGAAACAAACUUUAUAAUCCGUCAUGAAGUCCACGAGAAUGUGAACUAAUCUCAGAUUGCUGAGAUUUAUUUGCAUGUUCACAGGACAGACGUUUCUUUUUAUCUAUAUGAUCUCUUUAGAUUAAAAUUCCACCUAAACAAAUGAUUGUUUUUUAUGAAUUUUUCAUCAGUUUGCUGCUUCCUCUGUAAGACACGCUGGUCGCUCCUCCGUCUUUUUUUCUCUGCCUCCAUUAUGGUGAUGGUCCAAGAAAUACGUAGCUCCCAAAGUGGGAGGGACCACCCCCUUUCUAGCCACCCCAUUGGUCCAGAGCCUGCCCUGGAGAGGGGGGGUGCCUCUAAUCAUAUCCAGCAUGUUUUGCACGAGAAAUGUCAGCCAGAAAGGGCUAUCUUCUUCCUUCGCCAAAAUACACCACAAUAAUGUCAUGUUCGGACAGUCCGUCAGGAAAUGCGUUCUUGGUGGAUUCUCUGAUCAGCGGGCGCACCGAGAGCGGAGGGGGUCACUACAGUGGGGGUGCGCUGUGCGUCCCUCACAGCGCCGCUGCAGAAGUGCCUUAUGGACUACACAGCUACGGAUACUUCCCAGGGAUGACGAAACGGGGUGAGAUGGGUCCCCAGAACGUGGCCGCCGCCUCAGGUGCGUACAUGUCCAAUGUGGAGAUGUGGAUGGACACGCAGAGGUCAUGUCGGAUGGAGCAGGAGCACCCUGUGGGUCCUCAGGUCGCGCACUGCUCGUUCCCGCAGAACAUCAAAGAAGAGAGCACCUACUGCCUGUACGAACAGCCGAAGUGCCCCAAAGCCUCCACCGCCGAAGACCUGACAUAUUCAAGGUUAACUACAGCCGGCCUCGGGUCGAGUUCUUGUACAGUUACCGAUGGCGGCGGCGGCGGGGGCUCAGUGCCUGUCCCGGGUUACUUCCGCUUGUCUCAGACGCACGCACAUUCUCAUAAACUUUACAACACCAACGGCCCCCAGUCGAACCCUUCCCAUUCUCAUUUUGGCCUCCACCCCACCGCGCCCGCGCGCUUCCUCUCGCCGCCAACCUCGACUUCUGCUCGAGCCGCGGAGCAGGAGGGCAGGGACACCGAGGAGCCCCCCGCGCCCUCAGGGAACGCGGAGCCGCAGCCCCGCGCGGCGUCGGGCGCGGAGGAGACGCGGGAGUCCUCGGAUGGAGAAGCCUCCUCCGGCGACGAAACGGAAGAGAACGACAAAGAGAGACCAUCAAAGGUCAUCAAAGGAGACGCAAAAAGCGAAAACAUGGCCAACUGGCUGACGGCGAAGAGCGGCCGAAAGAAGCGCUGCCCUUACACCAAGCACCAAACACUGGAGCUGGAGAAGGAGUUCCUCUUCAACAUGUACCUGACCCGAGAGCGCCGCCUAGAGAUUAGCAAAAGCGUCCACCUGACGGACAGGCAGGUCAAGAUCUGGUUCCAGAACCGCCGGAUGAAACUGAAGAAGAUGACGCGGGAGAACAGAAUCCGAGAGCUCACCUCCAACUACGGCUUUUCGUGAUGGUAGAGGUGAUCAUUGCGGAAAUACAAAAAAAAGGUGAUCUCAAUGACGCCCACCAUCCAACGCCCACCUCCUCCCUCACUUUGUCCACCACGCAAUGACUCAUUUCAAUGUGGGGUGCAACUUUCUUUCAUUUCCAGACCUAAAUGUUGGUGCAUCCUCAUCUGUGACCUACUGAGAAAAAUCAAAGCAAUAUCACUGAACUUCAUGUUUUUGUACCUCCAUGUCCUCUGUUGUGCAGCUGGCUUUAGUGCACAUUUGUGGUCCAAAAGAUGCGGCUUUAGUGCCCAGCUCAGUCAAAUAUUCUCUUUAAAGAAAAACAAGCAUUUCACAAAUAUUUGGAUUUGCAUGGUUUCCUAAUAAUUCUCGUUUUGUCCAAAUUAAAAAAAAAAUAAGUCUUACUUUACGCACUGGAAAAUCGCCACAUUUUGACGUUUAAAGCAGUGAUAUAAACCCGAAUCCAUGUGUACAAUUCAAAAGGAAAUGUAAUUUUUCUCAGACUGAGGAUUGCGCGCAUGUGCGUGGAAAGGGAAGGAGGAAUGUUUUUACUGUAUAUUUCUGUGUACAUAUGGCAUUGUGUUUUUUGUGUAAUGCUUAAUAAAUUAUCAGCUCACA